AUGGCGGCGCCCAUGUCGUCUUUUAUUCAAGCAAAGAAAACGCGUCUGAAAACGCAAGAUUUAAGCAAAAAAGGAAGUAUAGAUGAAGAAAUUUUAGAGUUGGUCAACUACAUUAAUGAUACUGAACAUUAUUGUACUACAAGCUCCUGUUCCGGUCGCAUAAUUGUAGUUUGCGAGGAAAAUGAUGUUAUCAAGAAGAAGGGAUGUCGGUGGUUAUACGUCUCACACAAGGCAACUCAAUUGGCAGAAAUUGAAGCUUCACUGAAGGAUCUUCAAGGCAAGGUUGUCUUUAAAUACGAACCGUUUAUACUCCAUGUUCAGUGCCGAACGAUUGAGGAUGCUAAGAUGAUGCAUGUGGUGGCAGUUGAAUCAGGCUUCAGAAACUCUGGAAUCACUAUUGGAAAGGCUGGUAAAGUGAUGGUGGCGGUACGAAGCACCCAUGGCUUAGAGGUACCCUUAUCCGAUGAUGCUAGGCUCCUAGUUUCUACAGAGUAUCUGGCUUUUUUAGUUGAUCAAGCAAACGCAAAGCUGCGAGAAAACUCCAAACGGAUUCUGAGAUUCCAGGCAAAUUUGACAAAGAGAUUAGAUACCCCCACACCAGAGAUUAAAGCCAAACUAUGCAAGCACUGUGGAGCGACACGAUCCUCCCAACAUCACUCUGGACAUAGCCGGAAAGAUAUGGAAAUCAGUGGAACAGAAACCAAUGAAUGGAUGAACAGACAGUCUGGGGAAUCCAUGGUCAAAAAACAGAAACCAAGAGACAGUUCUUUUUCAUGUAACCAUCCUGAAGAAAGACACCAGAGUACCAGUGAGGAAAUAACUGGUUUACAAGAUCCUUUAGAGAAUGACGACAGUGAUGAACUCUGGGGAUUUGAUAUGUUCACGUGACAGGAUAAAAGUGGAAGGUUCUCCCUCUGAUUAAAAUGGAUCAGUCCUUGGAUGUUGGAACACAAAAUUCUGCAAUGAUGUAACAUCUCACAUCUUGGAUUUUAGAUUGACAUCCUUGAAUGUUGAAAAAUGUAUAUGAUCACUGGACAACAGAAUGCUUUGUUUCGUUGAUAAGUGACAAACAACUGUUAUUUGGGCUUACAUUCCUCAGCAACCAGUGGUAGGAUUGGGGAGGGUUAGAGUUAUUAAAGGGAAGGUACACGUUUGGUAAUUACUCAAAACAAAUAUUAACUUAAAAACUGACUCGGUAACGAGCA